UAACAUAGCAACUGAACAACAUUAAUUUUUUAAGAAAUCAUAAACAAAUUUCAAGUUAACAAAACAUGAUGCAUUUUAACAACAACAACAAGAGGACACUGUUACCUUUCUCCUCGUACGAAACUCAAUGGGGUGCUCCUCGUUACAACAAGACACCGUCAAAGGUGGUUUCGAUUCCGGUUCUUUUUGUUGGGUCUGAGAAAAACAGAACCGCUUCAGCAACAAAGAUACAAAGGGUUGCAAGAGGGUAUCUUGUGAGGAAGAGUAUGAAGAAGAUGUUGAAGAUGAAAGUGGAGUUGGAGGAGAUUGACAAGAAGGUGAAUAAUGAAGAAACUGUGAAGAUGAUGAAGAAUGAGCAAAAGGAGAGGAUAAGGAUCGGUGAAACAAUCAUGAAUCUGCUUCUUAGGUUGGAUUGUGUUAGAGUGUUUCAUUGUUCUGCUCUUAGGGAGUUCCGAAAGUCCCUCAUUAGAAGGGCCGUUUUUCUACAAGAAUUUGUUGAUCAAAUUCAAAUGGUGAGUCCCACGGACGAGGUUGAAGAUGUUGAGGGUGAGUGUGAUGUAGUUGAAGAGAAUUGUUUGGAGAGGGAAGAGGUGGGGUGUGAGGAUGAACAUGUUGUUAAUGGUCAGAAAACUGAAGUCUUGGAAAAUGAGGAUGGUGAGGGUAAGGUGAAUUGUAUGGAGAAGGAAGAAGGGGGGUAUGAGGUGGAGAAUGAGGGAGGUGAAAAAAUGAAAUAUUUGGUGAGUGAACAUGAUGGUGAGGGUAAAUGUGUAAAAGAAGAGGAGAAUUGUUUGAUGAAGGUAAAAGAGAAAGAGGAUCUAGAUGAGGAUGAGAAGAAGAUGGAGGUAGAAGAAAGUGUGGGAUCAAGUUUGGUGGAGAAAGGAAUUGAGGAGGGUGGUGUGGAUGUGAAAGAAGAGGAGGGUAGAAAUGUAAUUGUAAGUGAGGAGCUGGAAGAGGAUGAGAAUAGAGAAAUACUGAGAAGGAUGAUGGAUGAUAAUGAGAAGAUGAUGUAUAUGAUGACACAAUUGUUUGAGAGAAAUGAGAAGCAAACUUCACUUCUUACAUCUCUCACACAAAGAGUAGAACACCUUGAGAGAGCAUUCACUUGUGAUAAGUUAAAGAAGAAGAAUAAGAGGAGAAGACAUGUUGAUGCCAAACAUAGAUAUAAUGGUUGCAUAUGAUGACUUUUGCUUUGUUAUGUGAUUUUGGUUUUUUGUAUUUUUCUUUAGUACUGAAUUUGUUGUCUCAUUUAGGUGUUUAUUGUGAUCAAUGAAACUACUAAAUUCAAUGAA